AUUUGGUCUUCAAUUUUUGCUUUUAUUGCACUCAUCUAUUUUCACUGGCCUUUGCAGCUUUAUUUCUCUUCCAUUUCCUACGUGUAUGCAUAUCUUCUUUGUUUAACCCGUAUUUUUGUUACCAAACUUAAAUUUUUGUUAGAUCACUUGCGUUUUUGAGUUGGUGGGUUGUUUUCUGAGAAAGACAGGUACAGAGAGUCUGUAGGGAAAAGGAAAAUGUGAAUGCAGGCUUUCAUAGUUUCUGGUUACAUGUUUUUCUGUUAUUUGGUUCCUUAAAAGAUCAAAGUUGGAUAGAUGUUUGAAGCCUUUUGAGAGAUAAUAAUGGGGAAGCAAGGGGCUUCGAGAAGUCUGCGCCCUGAGUCUCAAAGUGAGGGAAUGUCAUUAGGAAUGAAAGGUUAUCAGAUUAGAUGUUCAGAAUCUUUGUGUGGGAAUAAUCCUUCUAUUGGCAGGAGACUUUCAGGAGAAGAUAUAAACUCGAGUUCGAAACCUGGAUCAAUUCACAGAUCGAAACAUGAUUUUUCCAAAAUUAGUGCUUCUAAGGGAUCCUAUGGGGGCAAAAGGCAUUUUUGGCUUCAAAAGCAUGUGAGGUCAAUUUUGUUUAUGAUCGGAGUGAUUGGCUUUGUUUUCUUGGUUGAUUCUUUAACAUUAUCCAUAGUCAAUUUGAUUAUUCGCCGGAACAGCCAAUUUUCCAGAAAAUUAAGUGGUGCCAAGGAUGAUAACGAUGCCCAUAUUCACAAAGAAAAAUCACCAAUUCAGAUGUAUGACCGCCUCGUGCAUUUGGCUUCUAGUUCUCUUGCUGAGAUUGAGUUUAAGCCAGAGAAAUCAAGCCUGUGGAAGGAACCGUAUCUUCAGGCCUCUGCAUGGGUACCCUGUGCAGAUGGAAACAUUGGAAAAGAUUUAGAGAAGCCUGAUAAGACUAAUGGAUAUGUAAUAAUUAGCGCAAAUGGUGGUCUUAAUCAACAACGAGUAGCUAUCUGCAAUGCUGUUGCACUUGCAUCUCUUCUUAAUGCAACUCUGGUUAUUCCAAGAUUUCUCUACAGCAAUGUAUGGAAUGAUCCAAGCCAGUUUGGUGACAUAUACCAAGAAUAUUACUUCAUGAAUACUCUGAAAGAUGAUGUACAUAUUGUCAAGGAACUCCCUUCUUACUUAAAGUCUUUAGAUCUAGAGGCAAUUGGUAGUCAGAUUACUGAUGCAGAUAUUGCGAAAGAGGCGAAGCCCACAGAUUACAUUAGAACCGUUCUCCCUCUUCUUUUGCAGAAUGGAGUUGUUCACUUCCUUGGCUUUGGAAAUCGGCUUGGCUUUGAUCCCAUACCUUUCGACCUUCAGAGAUUAAGAUGUAAAUGCAACUUCCAUGCUCUGAAGUUUGUACAAAAAAUCCAACAAGUUGGUUCUUUAUUGGUCAAAAGGAUAAGAAAAUACGAUGCCGUAAAAAGUAUGCUGGAUAAACAAUUGCUCGGGAACUUCAUAGACUAUGUGCCAUCCAAAGAGGUUGGAGUUGUUGGAGGUCCUACAAAGUAUCUUGCUUUACACUUGAGAUUUGAAGUGGAUAUGGUUGCAUACUCCCUCUGUGACUUUGGAGGAGGAGAAACUGAGAAGAAGGAGCUUCAAGCAUACAGAGAAACCCAUUUUCCUCUGCUGAUUGAGCGUUUGAAGAAGUCAAAAACAAUUUCUACAACAGAGUUGAGAAUGUCGGGUAGAUGUCCCUUGACACCAGAAGAAGCAGCACUUGUUCUAGCCAGUCUUGGAUUCAAACAUAGAACUUACAUUUAUUUGGCUGGAUCUCACAUAUAUGGUGGUAAUUCUAGGAUGCGGACUUUCACCAACCUCUAUCCUAACCUAGUCACAAAGGAAACUCUUCUUACUCCCAGUGAACUUGCACCAUUUCAAAACUUCUCUUCUCAGCUCGCAGCAUUGGAUUUUAUUGCCUGUGCAAGUGCUGAUGUCUUUGCCAUGACCGACUCUGGAAGCCAACUAUCAUCUCUGGUGUCUGGAUUUCGAACUUACUACGGAGGUGGCAAUGCUCCUACUUUAAGACCAAACAAAAAGAGGUUAGCAGCAAUCUUGUCCGAGAAUAAGACCAUAAGCUGGAACACUUUUGAAGAUAGAGUUAGAAAGAUGAUUGAGGAAGGUCAAAGAGUCCGGACCAGAGGGUUUGGCAGAAGCAUCUAUCGGCAACCAAGGUGCCCGGAAUGCAUGUGCAAAUCCACUACUGUACAAGUAUAACCUUCUCCGGCUCCAUCCUGGCUUGCAUAUAAAUGCAUAUUUACAUAUAUCCUCCCCUCUUCAGCUUUUUGAUAUUCUAUUCAUUCGUUCAUUCUUAUUUAGUAUGAUCUGCUUCACAACUGGCACAUUUUGCUUGUCCACUAUAUCAUAGUUCAGUAGUGAGAGAAGAGGUGCUUGUAAAUUUUUCACAUUCACAUGUUGGCUGCAUGAGUUACUGGGGUGAAAGUGUAGAUGAUGCAUCAACACAUCAUUCCGUUCUGGCUGGUUAUACCUUCUUCAAAGAUUAAAUUCUAUGAAGUACAAAUCAAUAAUGUCACUGAUAAAAAAUAGAAAAUAUAGGUCUCUUCUUUCAAGACUAAGCUAGCUUUAUUUUUUCAACUCGAAUAUUCCGAGCAAAGUGAGUA